UCUCCCCUCUCCCCCGAUGCAGAUCCCCCUCGUCCCCCUCGUCGCCGCCACCCACCCCUCUGAACCUCGUCGCCACCCACCUCCGCCGCCGCCCUCACUCUCCCCUCGUCUCCCUCGUCCUCGACCAACCUCGCCGCCGUGCAGGGGCUGGGUUGUCGCCGCGUGCUGUUCCUGUGGGUUGUCGCUGCGGGGGCCGACUCCCAUGAUUCGAUCCAAUCCUCUCCCCCGAUCCCACCUACCGGCGGAGACCUCCUCUCAACCAGCCCCGCCGCCGGCCUCCAGAUCCAACCCAGCAGCUACCAGCUCAGGCCGGCGUGCGCUCUGCUUCGUCGUUCCCCACCCUAGCAGUCGAUCCUGGCCGCCCCUGCUUCACCGGCCUCCUCCAUCUCUUCCGGCAAGAUCUGACGGCCCCGUCCACCUUCUGCCCGCGGAGGAUGACGAGGGCGAGGAUGCGAAAGUCGUCGAGGGGGGAGGCGGCGGCGGGAUGCGCCCGGUGGCCAUCCGGUGGCCCUGCAUCACCUGCGCCCUCAAGAACAAGCGCGAGGACAUGGUGAGUCGCUCUGGUUGGCGCCACCGCCCCGUACCUUGGCGUCGCCUCUACCCCGCCCACUUCCCCUCGCCGGGACAUCACGUUCCCUGCUGCUGCGACUCCGCUCCGCCCCCUGCAGUCGCCGACCGUUGGGAUCCAAGGUACGUGGAGGCCGGGAGCGCCAAGGCGCACCUCACGGACGCGGACGUUGAUCAUGGUGUACCAGCUUUGCAAGGGCAUUUCUUUUGCCAUGGACGUGGUGUCCGGCACCAUGACUUCGAGCCACACAACCUGCAAAUUGCUGGAUGGGUUGGUAUCCUCUGGUUUGAUCCCAGCAAGAGGAAGUGUUCUCUUCUCUUUAUCAACCAAAGGCACUUUCUUCUCUCAUGGAUGGAUGGGACUCCAUCAAUUUUGUAUCAGUUUAGGUGUUAGUAUGCUCUUGAUGCUUGUGUUGAUGCCAUGGUUUUUGUCUUGUCAUGUGCUGAUAUUAACUGGCAGCAUCAGCUCCCAUGAUUGCUUGCUUGCUUACUCUAUAACCUGUACUGCUAAAACAUGUUAUCCUACUCCAUGAUGAUGUAUCAUUUGCAAAUACUCCUGGACAUCAUCUCCCAUGAUGUUGCAUUAGCUAUAAUCUGUACUGCUAAAAGAGGAGUAUAAACUGGAGUAAUUUUUUCAGCCAUUAUCUUUGUUUUCUUUUGGGCGGAUGCUCUCCACUGGAGUACAGCUGGGUACUGCAUCUCUUUUUGCAUUCCUUUUUCAGUCAGUGCUUGAACAUUUUUUUAAAAGAUGAAUUGGAAUACUCCUGGACAGCAGUACAUGGAGUAUAGCUGUAGCAGUCCAUUAGGAGUAGUUUUGCAUCAGUAGCAUUAGGAGUAACUUCUUGCAGAAACUCUUUGACACAAAUAUUAUCAUGCAUCAGUAGCAUGUUUUCUUGUUUUGGAGCAGUGAUUAAUUACUUGUAAUGUUUUUCUUGUCUGAGAAACAUGUCGAGCUGCUUUCCAACCCUGUGGAAUGUUGCAAUCAAAUAUUCUCUGAUGUCCUUGCUUUUUCAGCUUUGCAAUCUUAUUCUGGAAAAUUAUUUCAAUAUGAAAUUCUUAGUUUCAGAAUCUCUAUUCAAAUUUAUUAAUUCCCUGGUUACUACUAUGCAGGGUAUGUUACUGUUAAGUCAAAAACCCGCAUUGCAAGAUAUACUGCAGUGCAUGUCCUUGUGGUACUAUGGGAUUUAUUAGCUGUUUGGAGAUGUACUCAUAUUGUUCCAUGUAUUUUAUUAGCUAUAUGAUUACACAUGUCAGUUUUAUUAUCAAAAUCCGAACUGUAGUAGUCAUAAUAUUGGGCUGUUGGGAGCCUCACCUUUUUGUGCAAAAUACAUUUAGCAAACAUAUCCACACUGAGUGAUUAUGAAAUAGCUAUGUGUCCUGCACAAUAAGUGCUUGUUCAUGCUUGGUUUUCCCUAAACUUUGUUUGUAUGCUUGAGAGAAAAUUUAGUUGAUUCUUUGAUGGAGCACUAAGACUAUGCGUGGAACAUUAGUUUGUAAGAUCUAAAACUGCUCGUCGUUCCUGUGAUGAUGUAGUUUAGUAUAUCUCAACGAAUCAUGAUGUACUGGUGCAAUCCUUGGUGAAAAAUUUUAUGGGUAAAUGAUCACUAAACUAAGGAGGCUUAAGCGUAUAAUAACUGGUGCAUGUAUAUAUUUGGGUGCUAGUCGAUUAGAGAAUGUCUGUGAUACCAUGUUUGUAGUAUGUGCUAGUGUAGCUAUAUUGAUGCUUUGGUUUUCAUCCGUGCAGCAGAGGACAAGGGCAUCAUGGCCAACCAAGGCGCAUGGUGCUCGCUAGGGACGAACGGAGGCUGUUUGACAUCGGCACUUAGGAGGAGGAGGGGCACGGACGGAGGAGGACAGAUCACCUCUCUUUUUCCAGGUUAGUGAGCAGCUUUAGGAGGAGCUCAAGCACGACCACCAAGAGGCACCGCCGCCGCAACAGGGCGGCUAGUGGUGCAGCAAACCAAGCAGUAGCAAGCACACCAAGCAGCAGCAGGGGGAGGGUGUCUCUCGAACGUCGCCGCUGCCACUCAUUGCUACUGUCACUGAUUAAUGAUGGAUGAUCGCUGUUAGUUUAGCUCCGCCACUGUUAGUUUAGCUCCUUGGUAGUCCCUCCCUCUCUUGCAAGCGUGUAGAAAUAGAAAUGGUAGCCGUAGUCCCAUGUAGUUGUAGUUCCUGUACUCGGUCUGCCCAUUGUUGCUUCAUUUCUAUGUUAAUUCAGUCUCUAUUGAAUGUAUCUACUGUCUACUGUUGUGGCUGUUGAAAGAAUCCUUUGUGUUGAAAGAAAUGAAAUGGUUUGGAUACA